GUCCUAUAGUGCAAGAGUUGUCAAAAAUAUCAACAAUCAAAAUAUUCACAAACAAUUUCUCACGCAUUUGUUUUUCGUCAGUCGCGUAUAUUUUGUGUAGUACAGAAAUAAUCAUUAUUUUCAGCUAGAACAUAUCGGCUCCCUCUCCCCAUAGUAUCAGCAUCAUUCCACUAUGCAGAAAUACGAAAAGCUAGAGAAAAUAGGCGAAGGCACGUAUGGUACCGUGUUCAAGGGUAAAAACCGCGACACGCUGGAAAUCGUCGCCCUGAAACGGGUCCGGCUCGAUGAGGACGAUGAAGGUGUGCCAAGUUCGGCACUGCGGGAAAUAUGUUUGCUGAAGGAGCUGAAGCAUAAAAACAUCGUCCGGCUGUACGACGUGUUGCACUCGGACAAGAAGCUAACGCUCGUAUUCGAACAUUGUGAUCAGGAUCUGAAGAAGUACUUCGAUAGCUUGAACGGUGAGAUUGAUCCGGAUGUGGUGAAAAGCUUCAUGUAUCAGCUGCUGCGUGGUCUUGCCUUCUGCCACAGUCACAACGUGUUGCAUCGGGACCUGAAACCACAGAACCUGCUCAUUAACAAGAACGGUGAACUGAAGCUGGCCGAUUUUGGGCUGGCUCGUGCGUUCGGUAUACCGGUGAAGUGUUACUCGGCAGAGGUGGUCACCCUGUGGUACCGGCCACCGGACGUUCUCUUCGGUGCCAAACUGUACACGACCAGCAUCGACAUGUGGUCCGCUGGGUGUAUCUUUGCGGAGUUGGCGAAUGCUGGCCGGCCUCUUUUUCCCGGGUCGGAUGUGGACGAUCAGUUGAAGCGAAUAUUCAAGCUGCUCGGUACACCGGAAGAAGAAAAUUGGCCCGGUAUAACACAGCUUUCGGACUACAAACCUUUCCCCUUGUACCCUCCGACAACAUCGUGGAGCCAGGUGGUACCGCGACUGAACUCCAAAGGACGAGAUCUGUUGCAAAAGCUGCUCGUCUGCCGUCCACUGUUGAGACUAAGCGCCGAACAGGCAAUGUCUCACCCGUACUUUACCGAAAACUGAAAGCGGUUCUAGCAGUUACGGGCGCUACUGACGACCAAAGUAUCCCCCGGAACACCUUCACCACCGGCCACUACUACUACGUCUGCAUCGGAACCGGAGGUACUGAUAUGCGAAGACGUGGACAGGCAGGACGAUUCCGACGAAUUGAGGAAUCCGUUUGCCGCAUGCCAAACGAACGACGUGCACUCCUCCACCCCACUAGAAACUAUCAACGAAUGAAAACACAGGCCAGCUUCCUAGGGCCAGGAAGCUCCUCCAGUUUCUAGUCACAAAACACAGUACAUAAGUUCUUUUCUACCAAGAUGCGUCGUUCAAUGGGCUGUCCUUCUCCCGUUUGUAUUGUGAUUUCGUAUAUAUAUAUAUUGAGGACAACUAAGAAGGAACAAAAGAACAAAAACUAGCGUUUGACUUAAAAAGAUAAGGGUUUCCAUAACGUCCCAAUGGCCGGUGAUUUGUAACGUGUAAUCAACUGUUAAUAUCAUAUGUUUUAAUCAACAGUUUCCCUCAACGAAUUACGUUAUUCCGGUACGAUUGUGGUAAUAUGCAAUAUCGAACUGAUUUGUGCUAGAUUGUGAUAAGUUUUUAUUUUUACUUUACGUUGCUUUCCUUUCCUAUGUUUCUUUCUUAAUUAGUUUUCUGUUUUCUUUUAUCGCAUUUGAUUGGUUCUGUAAUGAAUGAGAAAACAAUUACAAACAAGAGAGAGAAAAAGGAAGAAGGAAUGUUCUUUUUUGCUCAGAUUUACAACUAGUUGAUGUAAUAUCAGGUACAGCAAAUCCAAAGCCAUUUGUAUGUAAAUUAUAAUAAAAUAUAUAACAAUUAGAGUCAGUAGUGAACACCCGA